GAUCUUUCUUUAAUUUAUACUGAUUUCCCGCCCCAUCUUCCUCUCUCUCUACAAAUAUAUAUUCAUAGCUGAAUGUUGUUUACAUGUUGUAGCUAGCUAGGGUUUUUUAUUUGGAUCUGCAGAACAAUAUGAAACGAAGUUGCAAGCUCAAGAAACCAGAUUCAGUUCCCAAUUUGAUUUUGGAGGAAAUAAUUGGCUUGACAACGAAAAACGCCAAUGGAUUGGCUUCGAGUAUUUCCACUUCGAAAUGUGCGUACAUUGCGGGCUGCGUUGUUGUGUUAUACGAUGUAGAUUCCAGUACUCAAUCGCAUCUCAUGGUGUUUAAUCGGAUGCCAAAACCAUUGACUUGUGUUGCAUUGUCGCGUGAUGCAAGAGUUGUUGCAGCUGGAGAGUCAGGCCCCCGACCUGCAGUAUUGGUAUGGGAUGGCAUAACCUCCAGUUUAAUACGUGAGCUAAAAGGACAUCAAUAUGGUGUGGCAUGCAUUGCUAUUUCACCUGACGGGAAAUGCCUGGCCUCCAUAGGAUUUCCUCGUGAUGGAUAUAUCUGCCUCUGGGAUUGGAGAAGUAAGAUUUUAAUGACAAAAAUCAAAGCCUCUUCACAAUAUCCUGCUUUUGCAUCUGUUAGCUUUUCGCUAGACACAAAAUUCAUAGUAACUGCUGGGAAGAAGCAUCUGAGGUUCUGGAAAGUUGGAUCACCUCCAAACUCUCGUGCUAGUACUAGAUCAACAUCAGUGGCCAUGCAAGGGAAGCCCAUCAAUCUUGGUCACUGUGAGGGAUUUUCAUUUGUUGCUGUUACAGCUCCCAGCUGGACCAAGAAAAGCUCUGUAAAUCACAUACAUGCCGCUGAAUCACCUAUAUAUGCAUUAACUGAUACAGGAAUUUUAUGCGUUUUAGUCGGCUCAUCAAUUAUAACCUCAGUGGAGUUAGAGGUCGAAAAAGGUUUUGCACUAUCUACAUCCAACAGUUUGGUUGCUUGUGCAUGCAACAAUGGACUUGUUAAACUAUUUGGGACCAGUUCCCUACAAUAUGCUGGAAGCUUAUGUUACACUGAAGCCAAAAGAUGCAAUAAACUAAAUGUUGUGGACUGCAAUACUGAUAAUAGCCAAGUUGGACUUCAAUCUCUGCCCGAACUUCCUGAUGCCAUUGCUUGUCAAUUUUCAACCUUGGAAAAGCUUGUGGUGAUUUAUGAUGACCACAGCCUUUAUAUAUGGGAUGUUCGUGAUGUACAGAAGGCUACCAGGUGUUUUGUGCUUGUUUCACACGGUGCAUCCAUAUGGGACGUCAAGAAUCUUCCAUGUGAAAAUAUGCACAAUCCCUCUCUCUCAUGUGUUGCUAAAGGUUGUUCUGGUGGAUUAUCUUUUGCAACAUGCUCGGCUGAUGGUACUAUUAGAGUAUGGGAUCUUGCUCUGCAAUCAACCUCGUCAAUGGACAAAUUCUCUCUCUAUACAGUUGACAGCUCUUUGAUUAAUCAUCCGAGUGGAACUACAUGUCUAGUGAGUGCUGGGAUUUUUGAACGUGAUUUUGUGACAUUAGGCAUUUCCUCUCCAGGGCUUCGAUCAAUGGCUGUUAGUUCUGAUGGAAAGCAUCUGGCAGCUGGUGAUUGCCAGGGAAAUCUCCAUAUCUUAAAUGUAAACACGUCUGAUUAUAUAUGCAUACAGGAUGCCCAUGAUGGUGAAAUCCUUUCAUUGAGCUUUAAUUUCGAGAACAAGAAAGAUAAUGUUUCAACAGAAGUUUCAGAAAGUCACCAGUUUCUUGCCUCGGGAGGUCGUGAUGGAAUGAUCCAUGUAUAUCGUGUUGACAGUAACUUUGAUCUCAUCGGAAAGAUUGAUUGCCAUUCAACUGCGGCCACUCCAGUAAACCUCACAUGCAGUGGCACUAAGAUUAUCAGUUGUGGUGGUGAUAGGUCUUUGGUGGUCCAUAACGUAAUUGCAAGUGAAAAGGAUUGUAAGAUUUCAUGCUGCUGCAGGAUUGCAACUAGUGGGACCAUUCAAGAUAUGGUGGUUAAUAACUCUAUGGAGGUUGCUAUUACCGUGGGCAAGGAUAAGAAGAUAAAUACAUUCAGCAUUAACACGGGAAAACUUGUUAACUCUAUUGAUCAGGAUGGAGACACCGGGGACCCUGUAAAGGUAACUAUUGAUGGAAGCUGCAGUUAUCUGGUCUGCUCAUACUCUAAUAGAUGUAUCUGUAUGUUUGACUACAUAACUGGGGAGCUAGUUGCACGAGCAGUAGGGCACAGUGAUGUUAUAACUGGGAUUGCCUUUUUACCUGACUGCAAGCAUCUUGUUUCAAUUGAUGCCGAUAGUUGUAUCUUUGUUUGGAAAGUGCCUGCUCCUUUCUCUUCACAGAUGCUACAGAGAACAAAGGGAAUUUCUUUUCCAAUUUCCCCCAAAUGCAUGGUUCAGCAAGUGUCUCUAAACAAAAUCGGCUCUUAUCAAUUCGAUGACCACUCCCGCAAGGAUGUAGCUAGAGAAAAACUGAACCAAAAUCAAGGACUGCUUUUUCAACAUGGCAGUUAUCCCAAGACCUCAGCAUUUAGGUUCAGCAUAUCUCGACUUCCAAAAUGGGCACGGGCUAAAGUUUCUAUUCCCAAUCCCAUCCCCACUGACCCAAAUUCCAGUUCAUCCAAGAUUAGACCGGGGAAGUGUUCUCCCUUGCUUACCCAUGGUUUGCAAGAAGACUCUGCAAGUCCCAUCAUAUCGCAAAGUACACCAAGACAUGGUUUAGAAGGCAGCAAUAAAUUCUCGGGGACCUUGUCCAGCAUUUUAUCAGAUACAGAUUGCAGCCAAGGAUCUCCAAGUCCUCAAGAAACUUGUAGCUAUGCAUUGGAUAACCGCUGGUUAAAAAUUCAUACAGUGUGUAUGGAUCUUCUCAAUUCGCCAGACAUUUCAGAUGUGGAGGCCUUGAAUGUGCCACACUGUGCUUUGGAGAGUAUGUGUGAGAUCAAGCAGUCACAAGACCUAGCAAUGGAGACAUAUCGUGAUAACAAGCGCAUCAAGCUGUCAUCCAUAGAUACUGGUUUGGACAAUCCUGCUGCAAAACCCAUCUUUGACUUUCGUGAAGACACUCUUUUACAGGAUUCCACUUUAAAGGAAUGCGUGAAUUAUUCUGGUACUUUUUGUGAUAGCAUGGAUCAACAUCAGAUUAGAAAUUUGAACUUAUGCCAUGAGCAUGUUUUUCAUGAGAUGUCAGCAAAGCUGCAGUCAAAUAAAACCGAAGCUGGGGUAAGAGAAGUUGACAAAGAUUACAAUAUCUCCAACACAAAUUCCCAGAUAGAGGGAAGGAAGUCAUCAGCAAGGAAAAGCUACUCGGCACGACUUCUGCUGCAAAGGAACCGUGUUGGAGGUUUAAAUAGAUUUUCUGGCAUGCAGGCUCGAGAUUCUGUAGGUGCAAUUCAGAGAGAAAGCGCAGAGGCCGAACCAAAUUCAAUGCUGAAAGACCCAUCCAAUCCGUUGCUCAAAAUAUUGCAAAGGACAGAUGCGGACGGACAGGAUGCAGGAAAUAGUCCAGUGACCUUGCUGGGACCAAUUCGUGCAAUCCCCAGAACUGAUUCUGGUGAAGUCUUGAGUAGCACGAAGGGCGUUGAUACGCCGUUGAGCAAGAAAUUGAUAGAUGGAGGAGACCACGAAGGAGGUAACAUAGACGGACUUGAAAACCUUGAGACAGCCAUUUCAUGCAAAGAAGCAUUGCACAAUCUGGAUUCUGCAGCUCAGAGUGCGCUGCAGUUAUUUUCCAAGUUUGCCAACCUGGAUCCUGAAGGACGAUUGAGGGGAUCGGAAGUUCAGUUGUAUGCUGAGGCAGCUGAAAGGCUUCCAUCAAUAGCAAAGAAAGUUCAUGCUAUAGCCAAGUUAGUUCAAUAUGCCAAAAUCCUUUCCAAUGAGAAUAAAUGGGUAGAUGACGGUUCAGCUUGUGAACCUUCAUCAUUGUUGGACAAGACCGAACAACAAUAAACAAGAUUUAAAUUUUAUUUUCUUCUUUUAUACAGUUGAGUAUUGUUCAGUCCAUUUUAUCAAACAUGCUAAAAGGUUCUUGAUA